CCAUGUUGCCAGUAUCCUCCGAUUGGCGAAGCGUGAGACGGAAGGGUAGACAAACAGGAAUUAACAAUCGGCCGCCGAUAAUCUGGUACGGAUUCUCGUAAACGCGAGAGCCGGUCGUAUUAUCAUAAUUUUCACAAGUUUCCUGUCAAGCCGAGCCGAGAGAGUCGGAGAGAGUCGACGCGAUGUCUGACUCUACGGGUGAUCAUGUAGAUGCGUUGGAUGAGGAGCCGGACGUGGAAUCCAGUUAUAAGCCUCCACCGGAAAAAUCCAUCGAGCAGAUCUUGGAAACAGAUAAGGAAGAUGAGAGUUUGCGCAAGUAUAAAGAGACGCUUCUGGGAGAAGCAAAAUCUGGCGGCAUUGUAGUAGAUCCUAAUGAUCCUAGAAAGGUAAUAGUGAAGAAAUUGGCAUUAUGCGUCGCUGAUCGACCGGAUAUGGAAUUAGACUUGACUGGUGAUUUAUCACAGCUAAAAAAACAUACAUUUGUCAUCAAGGAGGGCGUGAGCUAUAGAAUCAGGAUCGAUUUUAUUGUGCAACGCGAGAUCGUGCAUGGAUUAAAAUAUGUUCAAAAGACUUAUCGCCUUGGUGUACCUGGAGUUACGGUUGACAAAAUGACACAUAUGGUAGGCUCGUAUCCUCCUAAAACAGAGCUUCAGUCUUACACUACUCCAGCUGAAGAUGCGCCAGCCGGUGUUGUAGCGCGAGGCUCAUACAGCGUUAGUUCUCUCUUCACAGAUGACGACAAGCAUGAACAUCUCAAAUGGGAGUGGGCGUUUGAAAUUAAGAAGGAUUGGAAAGAAUAAAUCGUCUUCUAUUUCGAAAGGACGAUAAUUUACAAUUCCUUAUUACUUUACGAGUAAUAAUUAAGGACGUAAAAUGCCAAAAUGCAAUUGGAUGGAUGAAUUUUAAUAUUCUUUAGUUGUGGUUGACGUUGCCAUAAGAAUUAUUUACUUAUACUUUAAGUAAUAAAAGAGGAAGAGAAUAUAAUCGGUAUUUAUUAAGGUUUUUGUAAUUGAUUAGAUAUUUGAUUAUAGAAACAGAUUCGAGAAUUAUGAAGAAUACACACACACAUACACAUCAUAUUUCACCUUAGUACAAGCAGACAUCAGUAGUAGUGAUUUAAGCGAUACAUGAUGUGACAAAUCAAUAUAUUUCCGGACAAAUGAGUAUUAGAUGCGUAGCGAAUAAAAAAACAGUAAACGUAUAGUCAACAGUUGAUUUAUAUAUUAUAUAUAUACAUAAAUAAGGUGUCUAACAAUUAUAAAACUUUCGUAUAGCGACAGAAUGGACUAAACCGAGUAAAACAGUCCCUGUGUGUGUAUAUAUGUGUGUGUACACACACACACACACACACACACACACACACACACACACACACACACACACACACAUAAGGGCUAACUGAAAAGUUUUGAGUCUCAAUGAAGAUGGCAUUACUCAUCAAAACUAUUCUGGUACUACGAUCGUACAUAUUUUGAAAGAUACCUGUGAAAAUUAUACCCAUUUUGGACGCUCAAUUGAUGUUUGACAGUCGUUUGUGCCAGUCGAUGUCAGUAUUUUUGUAAAAAUGUAAAAAACCGAAUAUCGUGUCAUGAUUAAAUUCUUGCAUUUGAAAGGCAAUACGCCUGCGCAAAUUAAAGUAGAGUUGGACCCUGUUUACGAGGACUCUGCCCAGUCCAGGAUCAUUUGCCACCAUGAAAAGAUGGGCAGCUUAAUUUAAAUGGUCAUACCAGCUCGGCUAAUUAGCGUUCGGGAUAGCCAACAACUGCGAUUACCACCGAUACAAUCGAAAAAAUUCACCAAAUCGUACUGAACGAUUGUCGAAUCGAAGUUAGAAAGAUAGCAGAGGUUGUAGGUAUAUCGAAAGAACGUGUUUGUCAUAUAUUGGCUGAAGAAGUUAGGUGCCGCGCUUGUUCACUGUGGACCAAAAUCCAUUUGAAUAAACAUUUCCAAGGCCUUGGAGCGGUUUAAGCGAAACGAGUCCGAUUUUUUUGCAUCGAUUAAUAAUUGUUGAUAAAACUUAAAUCGGUUACUUUGUUCUUGAGACGAAGGAAAAAUUGAAACAGUGGAUUGCGAAAGAUGCAUCUGCUCCGAAGAAGACGAAGACGGUUUCAUCGGGAAGGUGAUGGCGACUAUUUUUUGGGAUAGUCAUGGAAUUGUGUUCAUCGACUAUUUUGGAAAAGGUAAAACAAUAACGAGGGUAUACUACGCAUCAUUAAUUGACAAGCUGAAGGCAGGAAUUGCGAAAAAACAGCAUUUAGAGAAGAAGAAAAUGCUGUUCCAUCAAGAUGAUACACCUCACAUUUCGACGGUCAUUAUGGCAAAAAUUCACGAAUUAUAGUCGAAUUGAUUGACCAGUCACCAUGUUCACCAGAUCUGGCCCCAGCGACUUUUUCCUGUUUCCUAAGCUCAAAGUUUGACUCGGAGGACAGAGAUUUUUAUCGAAUGAGCAGGUCAUUGCAUCCUUAGAAGACUAUUUUGCAGAGCAAGACACUAACUAUUAUUUGA